AAGCAAGCAGGACAACUCACCACCCAGUCCGGCCGCAUCCAGACAAUCCAAUUGUCCAUCACGCACUUGCUCUUGUGAUACUUUCCUACCGACUUACGAGUAGGCAUCAUCUCAGCUCCAAGCCCGUCUCCUGCGCCUUGCCACAGUAUAUUCAAUUCGAAUCUCUCCCAGUAAAACGGCGUCGGCCAUUCAUCUACCCCGCUUGCCGAGCUCGAGUAAACAAAGCGAAGAUCAGUGACAGCUCCCGAUCGAGCCGCAAAGACACCCAACGGCUGCUGCACAGGAGAAAAGCAAAAGUCGUUCCCACCUUGGAUGGUUUCAACCUCUUGACCGUCGGAGGAAAAGCCUCCCGCAAAGCCCAUCUGUCAAUUGCAGAUACACACUCUGCACUCGAGUCAUGUCGCCCUCACCGCAACUCUCUCCCCCAGGGAGCAGCACCUACGAUUCCAACACGAUGCAUGUAGGCGAUGGAACUUGGGAUGCAGGAAGAGAUGACUUUCUCCUACCCAAUCUUGUGGGACUGAAUUUCGCGACAAUGAGAUACAAUGGAAUGGGAAAUCGCUUCUUCUCCUUAACCGGUUACCAUGGUCUGGUCGAGGCGCACGGUAUCAUCGCUGCCAUCACAUUCCUCGGGAUCGUCCCGCUCGCGAUCUUCCUCAUGCGAUUUUAUGGCCGCCAGCCCCGACUCGCUCUCCGAAUGCACAUAUGGCUCCAAAUCCUCACACUCCUCUUGAGCACGGUGGUCAUCAUUCUCGGCUUUCAAGCUGUAGGCCCGAACCGAAGCUUGACUAAUCCACAUCAUGGGAUUGGUGUUGCAAUAUACGUCUUGAUCUGGGUUCAAGUCAUGGGAGGCUGUAUGGUGCACCGGAGAGAAAAAUGGAAGAAGCGUGCACACAUUCCUCUCAGCGCCAUGCUCCAUCACUGGCUGGGCCGUGCCAUUGCUCUGCUCGGAAUCAUUCAAGUCCCGCUUGGUUUGACUCUUUACGGGUCGCCUCCUUACUUGUUUGUUCUUUAUUCACUAUGGGGCUUUUUCUUACUUUUCUUGUAUUUUGUCCUGCAAUAUCUGGCCGAGAGGCGAAGAGGUCGCUACGGGCCCGGCGGCGGCAGCAACCACCAUGUUGACGUUGUUGAGACCGCCGACGACCGCAGACACACAGGGUUGGGAAAACUGGCACUGGCCGGAGCAGCUGGUGCGGGUCUCGCAGCACUGUUCAGAAGACGAUCUUCGAGGAGGGAUGAUUCGCCUCACCGUGUGCAUGGUGGUUCUGGAACUGAAGUGACCGGAAGUGGAUCGUCUUAUUACUACGAUGACGACAAAUUGUCCGAUCGGUCUCGCCAUGGGAUUGGACAUCGUCUUUUGCAGAUCGCAGCUAUCGGAGGAGCUGUCGCUGCGGUCAAGAAGCUGAUGGGCCGUAGAGACCGCGACGACGACUCGGACGUUGGCCCUUACAGACCACCCCUUGGUGGGAAUCAGUCCGUCACGACAGACUCGAUGUCGCGAAUCGAAGAAGGCAGGCCGCCCCCCAUUCGUCCAGUUACCCCGGUUGGUGUCAGUCCGGGCCACAUUCGACCGACACAUCCUCUCGCCCAAACUCCCAUGACGCCAGGCUCGGAUGGACGCAGACCUUCCGGGUCACUGUACUCGUACGAUUCAUAUAUGUCUGGAUCUCCAUCCAGGCGCGACCGGAGAUCGCACGGAUUCCGAGAUGCCGUGGCCGCAGGCGGGACAGUGUUCGCGAUUCGACAACUCUUCAAAAACCGCAGACAGCGGAAAGAAGACCUUCGUGCAGAACAACUGAGGAGAGAAAAGAUCGAGGAUGAGCGAAGGGCACGCAUGGACUCGGCUCACAGGUACACCGGCGAUGGAUUUGCUCCCCCAAGACGAGCUCGCCACGGCAGGAUGGGCAGUCAGACUGCUUCGGACAUAUCGACCGAUCUGGGACCGCCUGGAAUGAGCGGAGCCAUCCCAGCUGCAGCAGGAGCAGGUGUAGGUGCCGCUGCAGCGAGUGCCCUUGCCGACAGAGAUCGAAUCAGACCCGUUGGCCAGGAUCCUCCCAUCGUGCAGCCUGGCCCGCCUUCUGCUGCUUUUCCAGUUCCCGUUCCCGGUCCCGGUCUCGGCCAAGCAGAUAUCCCUCCUGUGCCACCGCCUCACCUGGACUCAUCGGGCAGCGAACUUUACACUACAGGGUCCGGCAGGCAACGACAUCGACAUCAUCUCCGCGACGAAGCCGCAGCUGGACUGGCAGGAGCCACCCUCGGAGCCGCAGCAGCGGAGGACUCCCACCGUCGCCGAAGACAAAGCAGUCGCAACAACGCGACUGACAGCGUGGAGUCCCCUCCUGUCAGUGUUAAAAUAAACAUGCACAACGAUGGCCGCCAAGUGACCCUUCGGCGGUUGACGGAAGAAGAGGCCGCCGCACAGCGUGAAGCCCGGAGAAGAGAACGCCAGGCUUCUGCGGCGGCGAGAAGAUCAAGGAGAGGCUCCAGUCUCAGCGGGAGUGACAGUGAGGCGAUGGGGGGAACUAGUGCUGAUCGACGAUGGAGACGCACUGAAGCGCUGGAAGCCGAGCAGGCCGCGCAGAACGAAGCUGCGGCUCAAGCUGCUGCCACGCCAUAUUCAGCCGCAGCCAGAACUCCUCAACCACCAGCGUCUGUUGCUGGGAUCAGCCCUGCUCCCACGAUACCAUACCCUACACCCCCCGAGCCGCCGAACGUGCACCCAGGCACUGGCCAGCCAUAUCAAGUGCCUCUACCUCCACCCCCGCCUAUCCCAGGAUCAGCCAGCAACCUAGGGUACCCAGCGGGAAGCGGCGUCACUUCUCCUGGGACGGAGACGAGUGGGGCGACGGAGUAUGCUAACAACCGGAGAAGGAGGCGGGCGGAACGGGCCCAGGCAAGGUUAGCCAGGGAAGGGAGAACCGGGGGAACGGUUGAGUUUACCUGAUCAGAUCUCAGCCGUGUCUGAGACACCGCUGCGAGACUGGAGUGACAGCGCUUUGGAGGCGCGCGCAUGUGUAUGGAAGCUGACAUGAAAAUAACGACUGUGGCAUUCAUGGUUUUGUGAGCAUGUGGUGUAUUAAUCUGCACAAAGCAGUCUGUGAUAUGUGUUUUAUAGAGCAUUUCUGGCAUCCCUUUGGCGCCAUGGUAUAUCAUAGGCUUGGAAAGGAUGCCUGACGAGAAUGAUGAGAUGAGGAUGCUUCCUUGGAGCCAUAUUGUGCAGGAAACUUUCCACUUGGGAUAGUGACCAGAAAAGGCCAUGAAGACCCGCUGAUAAUGAAACGUUCGUG